AUGACUACAAACACAACAUUUAAUACUGGUGAUGUUGGUGUUGGUGGUGGUAGUUUUGAUAAUAUUAAUGAAUUAUCAGUGGGCUAUUGUAAUGGAACAUCAAUAUUUGAUUGUAGUAGUAAUGGUAUUUGUAUUAAUAAUAUUUGUAAAUGUAAUCGUUAUUAUGUUGGUAAUCAAUGUGAACUUCAUUAUGAAGAUGUAUUAGGUAGUAGUUAUUUCGCAUUCAUUGAUGUUUUCUUUGCCGUAAUGUCACUACUUUUUAUAAUUACAUUAAUUCAAAGUUACAGAUCAUUUAAAUUUUGGAAAACUGAUAAACUUGUACACAAACUUAAAGCAAUAAAUCAUAUUGUUGUAUUAAUAUUUUUAAUUUUAAGAGUAUUAUAUUUUGCAUUUGAUCCAUUUGGAAGAAGUAAUUUAAUAUCACCAUUAGGUGAAGAAGUUAUGUAUAAUUUACCAAUUUAUGUUUUAUUUACAUCAUAUGAAAUAUUAUUAUUAUAUUGGGCUCAUACAUAUCAUUCAAUAGCAAUUAAAUUAUCACCCCAUGCAAGUAGAAAAGCAAUUGAUAAAACUAAACCAAUUUUUAUUAUUGCAAAUUCAAUUUGGUUAUUAUUUGAAAUAUUUCGAGUAAUAUUGGGAAAUAUUGAUUCAACUAAAAAUAAUACAGGUUUCUAUACAGCAUACAAUCUUUAUGUUAUAAUUUCUAUUGUUUUAUGUUUAGUUGGUUUUGCAACUUAUGGUUCAUUAUUAAUUAAAAAAAUUAAAUUAAUCCCUGAAGAUAAAAGAAAAAAGAAAUCAACUUUAAGAAAAUUAUGUUUUAUUACAGUUGCAGUUUCAGUUAGUUUAUUUACAUCAAUUAUACCGCCUUCAUUAUUCUUUUUUUUAGGAUUAUCAAAAAAACCAGAAGGUAAUCUUGCAUUAUUAGCAGUUGUGCAUUCAAUGGAAAUGUUUUUAGUAAUUGAAUUAUUAUUUAUUAUGAAACCAAAAGAAGGUUCAUUUGUAAAGAAUGGUGAUGCUGAAAAACAAUCAAAAACAAAUAAAAAAACAAAUUCAUUUAAUACACCUUCAAAAACAUUGGAUUCAAUCGAUAUGGAUACAAUUGAAAGUGAAUAUUUAGAGAAUGAAACAACUCUAGAAAAUGAUUUAAAUAUUGUUAAUAAUAAUAAUAAUAAUACAUUUCAAAAUAUUACUAAUAAUGGUGGUGUUGGUGGUGCAAGUACGGACAUUGAUAUUAUUAAUAAUAAUAAUUAUUAUAAAAAUUUUGAAAAAAACAAUAAUAAUUGUAAUAAAAUUUCAACCUUAAAUCAUAAUAAUAAUAAUGGUGGUGGUGAUGGUGCAAGUUCUGAUGGUGGUGGUAGUGGUAUAAGUAGCGCAAAUACCUCAAAUGUAAAUAGUAAUGAAAGUUUUAUAAGUCAUCAAAAUAAUAAUCAAAAUCAUCAAAAUAAUAAUAAUAAUAAUGAUCAUCAUUUAAUUGACAAUAUUAAUUCAAUUAUUAAUAAUAAUAAUAAUAAUAAUACAAAUGACAAUAAUAGUAAUAAUAUUAAUAAUAGUAAUGGUGAAAAUGUAGUAGAAAUUGAUACACAAGAUAUCAUUGAAAGUGAUGAAAUUAAUAAUAUUACUGAAAUAAAUGAUGAGUCAUAUGCUGAUGAUCUUCAUCAUUGCACGAAUUAA